CCCCGCCCGGGAUCGGAUAAGAUUUGUUGACUGACUACUGCAUCUGGAUCUGUGAGUCAAAGUAACUGCACGCUAUGUAAACCUCACGCCUGUUAGGCAUUUUGAAUAGCAUUUCUUCAAUCAAAAUCUUCAUGAUCAGUGAUAAUGACUUCUCACGACGAAGAGGCCCGGAAUGAAGCGGCGCCAUUGCUGCAAACCGAUCAAGACAGAUCUGUCGCAGAAUGGCCUACAAACGACUGGUGGUCUGAGCUGUCGCUCAUAACACGCUAUACAGCCCCUCUAGUCGCAACAUAUCUACUUCAAUACUCAUUCAGCGUUAUCACAACAACAGCAGCUGGUCAUCUCAGCCCCGAUGACUUGGCAGCCGCUGCAAUUGGCGUCACGACCAUGAACAUCGCUGGUCUCGCCCUCUACGAAGGAAUGGCAACAGCUCUCGAUACUCUCUGCGCGCAAGCAUAUGGCGCUGGAAACAAGACAGGUGUUGGCUUACAUGUUCAGCGCAUGCUUCUUCUCAUGACAGUCUUUACUGUCCCUGUUGCUGCUGUUUGGAUAUGUUCUCCUGCAUUCUUGACUCUCAUCCUCAAGCAAGAACACCUGGCCGUCAAAGCGGGUUCAUUUCUUCGAGUCAGCAUACUAGGUAUCCCCGGCUAUGCCUCAUUCGAAGCUCUGAAGCGCUUCCUACAAGCCCAAGGCGACUUCAACACCGGCAUGGCAGUCUUAGUCAUCUGCGCCCCCAUAAACGCCCUCCUCAGCUGGCUCUUCGCCUUCAAACUCAACCUAGGUCUCGAAGGAGCCGCUCUCGGUGCAGCAGUAGCCAACACCCUCCGCCCAACCCUCCUCCUCAUCUGCAUCUUCUUCAAAAAGUCAACCCACGAAUGUUGGCCUGGCUUUACACGUCGUGCCCUACAGGGCUGGGGACCCAUGGUUCGGUUAUCUGCCGCCGGUUCGGCUGUCACGUUGGCGGAGUGGGCUGCGUUUGAGAUCAUCACCGUUAGCACGUCAUACAUGAGCACGAUUCAUCUCGCUGCACAGACGAUUUUGACUACUACUUCGAUAGUCAUGUGGCAUAUUCCUUUUUCGCUUGGUGUUGCUGUUAGUACGAGGAUUGGGCAUUUGAUCGGCGGUGGACAUGUGGCUGCUGCGAGACGGAUUACGAUUCUUUAUGGGACCAUGUUUGUUGUUUUGGGAUUAUUCGAUGGUGCUGUUUUGUUCUCGUUGAGGAAUUACAUUGGACCUUUCUAUGCGAGCGAUGAGGAGGUUCGACGGAUUGUUACGAAUACUAUGCUUGCUGUGGCGGGCUUCCAAGUGCUGGACUCUAUUGUUUGCGGAUGCAAUGGCGUCCUUCGUGGUUUGGCGAAACAGUCUGUGUCAGCAUGGGUUGUCUUCAUCGUCAACUACUUUGCUGCUGUUCCCAUUGCGGUCUGGCUAGAACUAGGGCCUUGGAACCUGGGUCUGAAUGGUGUUUGGUCUGGAAUGAUAGGUGGUUCUGGUGUUAUUGCUAUUAUUGAAGUGAUAUAUAUGAUCAAAGUCGACUGGAGAAGUUCAGUCGAGAUAGUCAAGUCAAGAGAGGAUUAGCUUCUCGACUUCACAAUACAGCAUCAACACAAUUCUUCCAGCAUCUCAUUUAAAGCAUCUUGGAGUCACUGUACGAGCCUCGAUGCUGUGUCAUAAUGCAAAGUCCGAAACCGGGCGUCAUAGUAACAGUUCAGCAGCCCAUGAUCGGCAUGAUUCGUUGUUUCCUCACUCCUCAUACUCGCCACUUCUCUCAGUAAGCUUUCAUCUAAUCACGCGACCCAUUUCUGUAAUUUGAUCGUCGUUAUGUCCACGUGGUCCAUAACCGUUCCCAAACCGUUCGGGAAUCAUCGUCAUCGGUGACAGAUCCUUGGGUCGGGGCCGUGGGGUUCUCAACCUCGUCAAUCUUCCGAUCUGCAUUAGCAACCUAGUACAUAGGCCCAACAAGAAAACAACCGUGAUACUUGUGUGUUGGCAUCAUUCGCACGAGUGACUCCUCGGGCCAAAGGAACAAAGUGCAAAU